AUGGGCACCUGCACAGCCAGCAGUUCCGUUAUAGACAUGUUCAUUGUCGAGCAGCAGCUCGCCAACGCAGUGCGGGGCAUCGACGUCGAUUUCGACUGGGAUGCUAGGCCGCACUUCCCCGUUAUGCUGGAUCUGCCACCAGAUUUUGGAGAGGUCAAG